AUGCUGUUUGGACGUAAAGACAAUUUGGAAGCUCGCUAUUCAAUAACAUUUUGUGUUAAAAUGAGAAAAAUUCUCCAGACUGCUUAUGGAUUAACCAGUAUCAGCCGAACAUCUGUUUUUCGCUGGUACAAGAGGUUCAAGGAUGGCAGACAGAAGGUGAAAGGCGACGAGAAGAAAGAGUGGAAGCGGGACAUCAGAUCAUCAGAACUGCUUGAGAAAAUUCGCAAUUUUCUGCAUGAAGACUGUCAUAUGUCUAUAAGGACGAUAAGUUUGGAGAUUAGAGUUGGUGUGGCAAGUAUACUCCGAAUUAUUGAUGAAGAUAUGACCAUGUGCCACGUUCCCAGGCUGCAAAGUUUAUUCCCAGUGACAGACAGACAGAAAGACACUAAGGUGAUAGGAGGGAGAUGGCUGAGUUCAUUAUCUCCAAUCCAGGAGUAA